AUGUCUUUCCACGCUUCCGCUGAAAACAUCCGCGUCGACGACGGCCACAUCCUCCGUGCCAACCUCAACGGCCAGGAUGCUGAGCUCGACCUCAACAGCUGCCUUGGCAACAACAACGGCCGCUUCGAAUGGGGUGGCAGAGACUUUGCUAGCUCUGCUGAGAACAUCACCUUCUCCAUUGAGGGUGGUGCCAACGUUCCCGUCCUCCGUGCCCGCCUCGGCGGCCCUGACGGUCCCCGUGAUGCCGACGUCAACCUUGGCGAGCGCAUCAGCAACGACAACGGCCAGCUUCGCUUCAACUAA